CUGUAUAACAUUGUCAUAGGCGGAUUCAUACCGGGAUUUAUAGACGGCUGAGCUUACUCAUAUUCAAAUUUCGGGGAAGAUAUGAAAACGUUUUCGUAUAGUUAUGUUCGUCAAAAUCCCUCAAAGAGAUUCUUCGAGCAGCACACACACUAAGUCGAUCACUAACAAGCUUAUGUUCAUGACCAAUGAGAUAAAGCUUAAGCAAUAAUGUCACCUGGGAUGUCCACAAGCUUACCACCACUAUUUUGGGUUGUUAAGUUGUUAAAUAUUGUCUAGUAUAAUUCAAGUGCUUCCUUUAAAUCUUCUUUCUGGAUCGUAAAUAUCCAGGUCCCACGCUGAAGCAACCUCACAGUCACAGGCUCACAGGGCCACUAUCCAGCCAGUUGGUUUUGUUGGAACUGAGGUCCAAGUUUGCUCUUUAUUCAUUAAAUUUGUGAUGGAAAGUUGGAAACUGGAAAGUACAUAGCAAACUCUCAGAACUCUCUUUCUUUGUGUGACUGACUUGUGAGUGUGUGAGAAAUGGAAAGUGGGCUUCCCAUGCUUAACUGUUUGUUGCAGCGCACACUCAGAAGCUUGUGUUCAUGUUCAUCAGAUUCCGCUUCCAAUUCUUCCAAGUGGGUUUACGCCGUCUUCUGGAGAAUCUUGCCUCGGAACUAUCCUCCUCCGAAGUGGGAUUAUGGAAGUAGCGUCCUUGAUCGCUCCAAAGGAAACAAAAGGAACUGGAUUCUUGUUUGGGAGGAUGGGUUCUGUGAUUUCUAUGAAUGUGAGCAAGCAGGAAGUGGCUACUUAAAGGGGAGGUUUGGAGCUGAUAUUUUCUUCAAAAUGUCCCAUGAGGUUUAUAAUUUUGGAGAAGGUUUAUUGGGGAAAGUAGCAGUAGACAACAGUCAUAAAUGGGUGUUCAGAGAUGCACCAAAUCAUGUGGACAACCCCAACUUCAUUUCUUCUUGGAAUGUAUCCACUGAACCUCAACCAAAGGCAUGGGCGUUUCAAUUCAAUUCAGGCAUUCAGACUAUUGCCAUCAUUUCUGUUAGAGAAGGCAUAAUUCAGCUUGGCUCGUUUGAUAAGAUAGCGGAAGAUCUCAAUCUGGUGAUCAGCAUACAGAGGAAGUUCAGCUACCUGCAGAGCAUACCAGGUGUUUUCGCCAUGCAAAGGCCUUACCUACCUAUCCAGCAUCCCUACAUCCUCAAACCAAGUAACGCCCAGAAUAUGAUUAUGAAUGGAAGCACUAGUACGUACACUGCUACUACUACUAGUAUUGGUGCUGGAGUUAAGAGAUUGUUCAACCUCACACCGCCGGAUGAUCAGAUGAUCAAGUCCAUCAACUUGGGAUGGAACACACCACAAAAUGGAAUAGGACUAGGACUCGGAGGAUCAUCAUCCGUUUCAGUACCUGAUCCUAAUUGGUCGAUUCCAUUUCCACCGCCUCUUCUACCCUCCAUUUCAUGCAGCCUUGGAGCUCUUCUAUCAAAGCUACCUUCAGUUUCACCUUCACCUUAUAUUAAUAAUGAUGCCAUUCAUGAAGCUCCCAACACUAUUACUGCAACUACUACUACAGCUAUGCUCAUGAACAACAGCAACAACCACAACAACAAUUGUGCCGAAAACAAGAUACUGAAGGGUAAGUAACAGCGUGGGGUUGGAGCACUGCGGUCUAUCCCUAUCCUUUUGGGAUCGGAGUGGUCUACCAUUAUAUGAAAAUCGAUGGUCCCCAGAAACCCAAUUGAAGAUGGAAAUUAAACUGACAAGAGAGAUUGUUGGGUUGGAGUUGGAUCAACAUGUUGGCCUUAUACGGCAUAUCCCGGCAAAAUGGAUGGUCGAUAUUUUGGUUCCCAAUCUUUGAGGUCUUUCAUCAUCUUCUAGUAGUAGCACUCAUCACAAGUAGGUUGGUUGUCGUAUGAAACAGUGUGUUAAUGAUAAACAAGGCAGGACCAUUUUAGUUGGCAAAUUUCAAUACCAUAU